CACCAGCACCCCAGCCAGAAGAGCGUGAAAUUCCAAAAACAACAGAGAGGAAACCCCAGCCAGUGCCGGCGCCUGCGAGGAUAUCAGCGCAGCAAAAACCACAGCCACAGCCACAGCCAUCGACAAGCUCACCCAAGUUAUCUUCCCAACCAGCUCAAUUCGACAUAACGGAAUGGGAGUCUAGAGCGAUAGAAAGUACAUUGAAAGUUACGAUAGAUUUAAACACUGCAGACGCGACAUCCUGGACUGUCAGCUAUUUGAAGCCUCUACUAAAUGAGCUAGAGGAGGAGCAACCAACGCAUAAAGCAUUACAGACAAAGAAACUCACGCCAGAUCUCAUCGAUCAAGCUUUGAUAGCCCGCCUGAACCUCGAUCCUAAUGCGAUGAUGGAUGAUGGCGAAAUGCUCACGGUUAUCGCAAGCUUACCGGCCAAUCAGACAACGUUUGAGUACCUUGUUGGUGCAUGGAGGAGAGCGCGUGGACAAGCAGUCCAAUUGAACAAGAUUGACUACUCACCAGCGGACAAACAGAGAGGAAUGUCAGUUAUUAACAAAUUAAAGGAGUUGCUACUCUCUUACAUCGGCUUAACGCUACAGGACCCAACAAUGUUUGUUCAGACCUCAGAUAAACCGAGUGGUGCAAUCGAGUUCCUCCAGAUCCUCAUCCCAGACGAGGCAAGCGCUGAUCCAUAUGGCGAUAAAAAAUCGACUAGAGACAUCUCACCAGAACUUCAAAAUGUUCCUGUUAGUGAUUUACUCGCAGAUAUCGUCAAGCGUUUCGAUGGCGAUGGUUUGGAAGAUGUCAUAACCCCUAUCAUCGAACUCACAGCUGGGCAAGCGAAAGGACUCGAUUUGACUGGUAUGCAGUGGAGAUCUAUCAUUACUGCCCUAGAAACGCUCUUGCAGUUUAAGCCAAUAGCUGGCAUAUUCACCACCCUUCCUUCGUUCAUACCGACUCCAGCGACCGCGAAAUCUAUCGAAAAUGAUUCAUUAUUAGGUCCACUCAUAGGUUUAUCGACAUUCUCAAGCUCAGCUCCUAAUAUUGCUAAACUUUACUUUUCAGAUGCCUCACUUGAUCGUGAAGAACAGUCACCAAUUACUCAGAAUACAUUAAGAGCAACUCUUGACUCACUUCAAGCAAGCUUAUUUGGUAUUUUCAAUGUCUUAGUAAGAACAUCCCCACAGUCUAGGGAGAGGGUUUUGGAUUUCUUCGCUAUUGCUGCAAAUCUUAACGGCCACCGUGGUGCCAUGCGCGUUGACCCAAAGCGUGUGUCUGGUGAUGGCUUCAUGUUCAAUUGUCAAGUUAUCUUGUCAAGAUUCGCUGAUCCUUUCAUGGAUGCUACAUUCUCUAAGAUUGACAAAAUUGACCCAAAGUACUUCUGUCACUCUAAGCGUCUUGACAUCUCAGAAGAAACCAAAAUCAAAGCUGACAAGACCGAGUCUGACACCUUCUACAAUGAAAAUUCGAACAAAGACCAUCCGGUCAAUUUCAUCAGCGAAGUAUUCUACUUAUCGCUUGCAUUCCACUAUUUAGGGUACCACUCCGCUCAGCGCCAGUCUGGAAGUCUAAAGAAACACAUUGAUAUGAUCGAGCCUCAAUUGAAUGCUCAAAGAAACCAACUUCUAAAUGACCCUCGCUUCGCUCCGGGUACUCCAGGAAGGAUGUUCGCUGAGAAGCAACUCGAGAAACAGGAAAUAUUACUCAAAGAACGCAAAGCAGCUGUUGCAUCCUCUUGGAUACAACUCGAUGAUCCGGCAUCUAUGACUAGAAUCUUAGGUUUCUACACCUUCGUCACAACCUGGAUUGUCAGAUUCGUCGAUCCUUCUCACCAGCAUCCACAAAAAUUGGUAACCUUGCCACUGCCUGAUGAAAUGCCAGUUGAAUUCAAGAUGAUGCCUGAAUAUAUUUUAGAAUCGACUGUCGACUUCUUCAUCCAGCUGACUAGAUAUCAGCCACAUCAACUGGAAAGUUCAGGCAAGGAGGAGCUCAUGAACUUCCUCGUCACCUUCAUCUGCAGUCCAAAAUAUAUUGGUAACCCAUACAGUCGUAACAAGAUUGUGGAAAUUAUGUGGAAUGGUACACAUCCCUUUGGUUAUUCAAGAUCUGGUGUAUUGAGUGAUAGUAUAAACUACCAUAAACUCUCACUUGAGCAUUUGAUGCCAUCUUUGAUGUCAUUCUAUAUUGAUGUAGAACGUACGGGUGUAUCUAGUCAAUUUUACGAUAGACUCAACGUACGUUAUAACAUAGCGCGAUUACUCAAGGUAGUAUGGAAUAACCCAACUCAUCGUGAUAAACUUAAAGAAGACACGAUGAAUAGCGACAAAUUCGUCAGAUUUACGAACUUGGUUAUGAACGAUUCUACCUACUUGCUAGAUGAAGCCUUAGGUAAAUUAGCAUCAAUCAGACAAUAUGAGGAGGAGUUGAAUUCACCUGGUUUCUCCAAUAGACCUGAUAAUGAGAGGGAGGAGGUACAACAAUCGUUCGAAGAAUCAGGUCGAGCUGCAGGCAGUUAUACUGCAUUAGGUGGUGAAUCAGUCAGGUUGUUGAAGGCAUUCACGGCGGAAGCCAAAGCUGCAUUCAUGGCUCCAGAAAUUGUUGACAGAUUAGCUGCUAUGUUGUGUUACAAUCUUGACGCACUCGCUGGUCCACGUUGUCAAGAACUGAAAGUAACUAAUCCUGAAAAGUAUGGAUGGAGACCAAGACAAUUGCUCACUGACAUUAUUGACAUCUUCAUGAAUCUUCUCGACUGUCGAGAAUUUAUUGAAGGUGUUGCCAAAGACGGUAGAAGUUACUCAAAAACUCUCUUCGAACGUGCCGCUGGUAUUCUCAGACGUAAGGCUAUCAAGACUGAUCAAGAGGUUGAUCUGUUGGCUCGAUUUGUUAACCAAGUCGAACAAGUUAGAGCUGAAAUGAUGGAAGAGGAUGAAGCCGAUAUUCCAGAAGAGUACCAAGAUAUGAUCAUGGCAACACUCAUGCGCGAUCCUGUUAUCUUACCAGGAUCUAAAGCAGUAUUGGAUAGAUCGACAAUUAAGAGUCACCUCUUAUCGGAUAACACAGAUCCUUUCAACAGAUCACCUCUCACUAUAGAUCAAGUCGUACCGCAUACCGAACUCAAAGCAGAAAUUGAUGAAUGGGUUGCGAAACGCAGACAAGCAAAACUUGACGAAAUGACUAAUGCAACAAAUGCUGUUGAUGUACUACCACCAAAGAAUUAAUCUUUAUCAACUUCACAUAAAGAAUUUUUACAUUCCAAAUAAUUCGUUAGCCUGAAAAUCUUAACAUACCAAU